GUUGAACUGAUUGCUGAGUUCGAAUGCUUGACUUGCUCAUCGCCAUUUUUUGCUUGGCGCUCGUUUCGGUUGCAACGCGCAACUGCCCUGUGUGCUGUACUUGCUCCGUUCCCCUAGCUAGAGCGUCCACGGUGUCGUUCUUUUAUAGCUAGAUAACAGGGAAUCUUUUACUGUACCAAUAAAAGUUUCCCUGCAACUCGAUCUGUCUUCUGGAAUCGCUCUCUGGGCUCCCGGAAUAGGCAACCCUCUAAAUUGGUGACCCCGAAUCCGGAUCAAUCUCCGCGCCGGAUAUUUAGAACUUUUCUCCGGUGAGCUCGUUCCAUUUAUUUUUCAUAUUUUCCGGUUUUAUUUUUGCAUACGGUAGCCUAUUUUUUCGCGUCAUUUUUUCAAAUCAUGGAAUCUGUAGACCAUAACGUAGAGUCUCUACUAAGCGUUGUAUCUCUCUCAGUUCCACCUUUUUGGGACAUGGAUCCUGUUUUGUGGUUCGCUCAUCUUGAGGCUGAGUUUUAUAACCACAGAAUCACUUCCGACUACGCGAAGUAUUGCAAGCUCCUGUCCUAUCUCCCCAAGGAGAUAUCAAUGCAGGUUCGUGACAUCAUCAUUUCUCAGACCGAAAACCGCUAUGAGGCUCUCAAAGAGGCCACGAUCAAGCGUGUUAUGCCCUCUGAGAAAGUUCGCCUGCAGCAGCUUUUCAGGGAUCUGCAACUGGGCGACAAACUGCCCUCAACCCUGCUACGGGAGAUGCAGCAACUCCUUGGUUCUUCAACCAUGGAUGAGACUUUACUUCGCGAACUAUGGCUACAACGGCUACCGGAAAACACACAAGCGAUUCUCGCUACAGUGAGCUCCGUUCCGCUCACUCAACUAGCAGACUUAGCGGAUCGAGUUAUUGAACGAUCACAGCCACAGGCCAACGCCAGCAAGGUCCAUGCCGUCGCGUCCCAGGGCACUUCUAUCACUGGCUUACAGUCAACCAUAGAAGCCCUGCAAACACAAGUCGCGACACUUAGUCGCCAGGUCCAGCAGCUUACUAUGGACCGUCGUCGUCAUAGCCGAUCAAAAUCGCCCUGCAAACGUUCUAAGUCUAACAACAGGCAAGCUAGCUGUUGGUACCACCAGCGUUUUGGUACCGCAGCUCGUAAGUGUGUCAAGCCUUGCAACUUCGCCGAGAAGCAGGGAAAACUUCUCGGCCGGUCCGUAACGGCGACGGACGCGACUGGCCAACACCAAAGUCGCCUCAUCCGUGUUAGGGAUUUAACUUUCGGCACCGAGUUUCUAAUCGACACUGGAGCCGAAGUUAGCGUUAUACCCCGUGGCCCACAUGAGGUCGUCUCACCAUCGCCGACCAAGCUGCGUGCCGCCAAUGGCACACCAAUCGCAACUUUCGGCGAAAAGCUGCUAACGCUCAAUUUAGGCCUCCGGCGAACCUUUCGCUGGCCUUUCAUAAUCGCUGCUGUGCCUUUCGCUAUCAUAGGCAUAGACUUUCUGCAACGCUUCGACCUCAUCGUCGACGCUAAAAGGAAGAAGCUUAUCGACUCCAGGACACAGCUCAGUAUUAUCGGGACCAGCGCCAACGUGGCUGCUAUCACUCCCAUUCGUGUCCUAGCUCAAGCUUCACAGCCUUUUCUAGAGCUUUUCAGCAAGCACCCUAAACUCGUUCGCGUCCUGAACGACUUGCCUCCUGUGACGUCGAACGUCAUGCAUUACAUUUGCACUAAGGGCCCACCUGUUUCGGCCCGCCCUCGCCCACUAGCCCCGGACAAGCUCAAAGCUGCUAAGGCGGAAUUCGAGCAAAUGCUCGAACUGGAAAUCAUCCGCCCGUCUAAAAGUCCAUGGGCAUCACCAUUACACAUGGUGCCGAAGAAAUCCGGUGACUGGCGCCCUUGUGGUGACUACAGGGCACUUAACAAAGUUACCGUCCCGGAUAAAUACCCUAUCCCGCACAUGCACGACUUGACCUCAGCUCUAGCUGGCAAGUCUAUCUUUAGCAAAGUCGACCUAGUUCGCGCCUAUCAUCAGAUACCUGUGGCGCCAGAUGACAUUGCUAAAACAGCAGUCAUCACACCAUUCGGCCUUUUCGAGUACCUCAGAAUGCCUUUCGGCCUCAGCAACGCUGCUCAAACUUUUCAGCGUUUCAUUCAUGAGGUAACGCGAAGACUCGAAGGCGUUUAUCCUUAUCUAGAUGACAUUCUUAUCGCGAGCUCUUCUGAUGAAGAACAUCUUCAUCACCUCGACGCUCUCUUCCAACGCUUAACCCAGCAUGGGGUUACCGUCAACCCCGAUAAAUGCGAGCUUGGCCAAAGUUCCAUCGACUUUCUUGGCCACCGCAUAUCCGCCUCUGGUAUUGAAGCCCUGCCAGACAAAAUCCAGGCACUGAAGGACUAUCCUGCUCCCAGUUCCUUCAAGCAGUUACGCCGAUUCCUUGGCCUGGUUAACUAUUAUAGACGUUUUAUUCCUAACUGCGCGAGCAUUGUUCAACCAAUGACUGACUUGCUCCGCGGUAAACAACGCUCUUUUCAUUUUACAGACGACGCUAAAUUGUCUUUCGAGAAGCUUAAAGACGCUAUCUCCAACAUAGCGCUUCUCGCCCAUCCAGACACGUCUGCAUCACUCUCUCUGACAACUGACGCAUCAGACACUGCCGUCGGUGCAGUUCUUCAACAACUCAUCGACCGUCGAUGGAUACCUCUAGGUUUCUUCUCAAAGCGCUUACAACCUGCCGAAUCGCGAUACAGCACCUUCGGUAGGGAACUGUUAGCUAUCUACCUAGGUAUCCGACAUUUCCGUCAUUAUCUCGAAGGUCGACAUUUUACAGUCUUCACCGACCACAAGCCAUUGAUCUACGCAAUCAAUGGCGCAACAGACAAGUACUCGCCGCGGGAAACUAGACACCUAGACUACGUUUCUCAGUUUACGACAGACGUACGUCAUGUCUCAGGUGCUCUCAAUCCCGUCGCGGAUGCGCUUUCACGCAUUCAGCAGAUCAGCUUAUCGCCUGGCACCAACAUUGAUCUAGCCGCUAUGGCUGCUGCCCAACAAGCUGAUCCCGACAUACGCAAGCUACGACGCAACAUCACUGAGACGAUCACCAUUGAUCGACUCAAGCCAGCAUACCUUGACAAGUCUGACUCGCCGGUGCAACAAGCACCUUCACAGCCCGUGCCAUCACAGCCGGCACCGCAAACGCAGACGAGUCAGUCCGCUCCAGCAGAACCGACAAACACAACCGACAGCACUCCUACCCGCCCUACUCUCAAUCGACGCGGUAGGAAACUCAAGCCUCCAGUUCGUUUUUCAGACUUUGUCAGCACUUACUAUUUUACAUAGAACGUGCCUUAGAAAUUUUCUGCUCUUACUAAACGUUUUUGAAAAUCCACAAAAAAGACCAAAACGUUUUGAAACUACCAAAAAAGAGCAAAAUCUUUUGAAAACCCAAAAACAGCUUUGCACGUUUUUCGCUUUACACUCUUUUGUGUAUUGCUAUGCAUUUAUGCUGCUUUUUCAUUUUGCUUUCCAUAUACACCGUCGGUUGGUUGCACCUCGGUUUCACUUUCCGCUGGAUCUCCGCACGUCAACUGGAAGUUCAACAAUCUUCCUGCUCAACUGCCUACGUGAACUUUAUUAACUGUCCCCCCCACAAACAGUUUUUUUACCGUUUCGACACCGUAGGGAGGACACGGGUGGGAGCCCGCUAGGGUCCGAUUGCAUGGUUCUCCCCCAGCAGCUGCAUCGGGUUUCACAACCUGGUCUCGCAGAAGGCUGGCCCGCGACGGACAGUCCUCACGUAGAUCGAAGGACUGCUUACACAGUCCCUUCUGGGAGAGGGCUAUGUAGCAGUCUGGAGAUUCCCCGGUUUGCUUGUGUAAAAUUCUAACCAAAAUUCUAUAAUUGUACACUUAGGCAACCGGUGUGGUUUGUUGAACUGAUUGCUGAGUUCGAAUGCUUUACUUGCUCAUCGCCAUUUUUGCUUGGCGCUCGUUUCGGUUGCAACGCGCAACUGCCCUGUGUGCUGUGCUUGAUCCGUUCCCCUAGCUAGAGCGUCCACGGUGUCGUUCUUUUAUAGCUAGCUAACAGGGAAUCUUUUGCUGAACCAAUAAAAGUUUCCCUGCAACUCGAUCCGUCUUCUGGAAUCGCUCUCUGGGCUCCCGGAAUAGGCAACCC